UCUCUCUCCCUCCCUCGAAUAAAAAAACGGCGACAGAAAUACUGCUCUCCCUUUAACCAUUCUUCUCUCGCAAUUCACUCCUUCUCGUAACCCUAAACCCUAAAAUUGUUCUUAAUUUCUUUCCCAAAAAGGGGAUUUACGCAUAUACAUACACGAUAUAUAUUACACACGGAAGAGAUGGGACGAGUAUAAGCUUAUAUAGAGGCGUCGUUUGUUCAAAUAUUCCUAUGCUGUAUACAUACUUUUGAUUUUCAGUCACGAUUUAUUAUUAUUAUUUUUUUUAAUUUUUGUGUGGAUGAUUCAUAUUGUCGGAGAAUUCUAAGCCGGAUUGCGGCGGAAAUGGCGUCGAGUUUCCGGCAGUGGGAAUCGGACCCGCUGUUCUCUGCCGCAGAAGUCGUUCAAGACUCGGCCGACAGGAUGGAAUCUCUUUUUCGUCUUUUAUUGCAUGAGCAAAAUCUUGUUCAAGAGGAUCAUACAGACCAGAAGCUGCUCAAGUCGGUAGAGUAUCAUUGGCGUGAUCUUGCAACUACACUGGAGACAGCAAAAUGGCAGUUGGAAGAUUUUGAAAGAGAGGUAAGCCUGUCAGCUACGAUGGACAAGUCUCACACAAGAGAAAAUGUAAUUUCCAGACACAAACAGUUUAUCAGGGCCAUUAGGGAACAAAUACUUAAUGUGGAGAAAAGCUUGGGGGACACAUCAGUUGAAGAUUUACUUAAAAGUACUCGGGGUUUGAAUUUAGAUGAACAAGACAGAAAUGGGUUGCAAUUGUUUAUUUCAGGUGAAAAUCCAACUGAACUUGUUCCGAGCCAUGACUUGGAAGAUAGUAAUAUCCUGAGAAGAUUUCUUGAUCCAGCCGCAAAAUCCAGUUUAAAUGGUGAGAUUGUUGAACACAAUACAGAAGAAACUGAGAUCUCAAAAAUGAAUGGGGUUGUGCAUUUAGACCAUAAUUUUGAGUUUGAGGACAAUAAAUUAAGGAAGGUAGGCUCUCAUUAUUCCGAGAAGCUGGCUUUUGAAGCGCCAUCAUCUGUUUUGGAGACAGCUUCUGAUAGACACGGUGAAGAUGGGAGUUGGGAUCUGGAGGCUAAUCAGGCCACUGAUAAAAGCUUCUUCCGUAAGAACAAGUUGAGAGGAUACUACAGAAGAAUCAACGUCUUUGGGUCGUUGGGUAACUUAUGGCCCCCAUAUCGCGGAAGGGAUAGGAGGAGUUUCACGAAGAGAUUGAAAGACGGAGAAGAACAAAGGCAUUCCCAUUCCUACGAUAAUGCUUCUUAUGGUGCACAGGGCAAUCUUCAACAAACGAGCUUAGCCUCUGGAUACAGCUAUUUUCAAGGACUGUUUUUGGAGUUAUUAGCAAGACUCAUGCAGUAUGGCUGGGUUGGGAAUUGCAGGGCGAGAUAUCAAAGAUCCACUUAUUUUCUUCUAGUCGGUCGGCAUUCCAAGCAAUUGAUAUCAGCAAUACUGGUUGCUCUGAUAAUGUUAGGUAUCCUGGCACUCUUGGUUGCUUGAGCCUUCUGUGUACCCUGUCAGCCAUCUUAUGUUUCUGCAUGUGUGCAUGUCUUUGUCGAAAUAUAUGUCUGUGGGUGUUCAUCUCCAUUUAGACCUCAUUAGACCUUGUUUUGCCAAGUCUUAUCCAAAGAACAUGCGUGUGGAGCGCAGAAUCAAGUGAUGACUAUUUGGUGAAGUCUAUAGCAGUGCUGAAGGAUUCUGUUGUGUAAUUGCAGUAUCCUUGGUCCUAAUUGGUUAUGUUUCAAGAGCAACUGUGGAUACAGAAACUGUGCCUUGCGAUGAUGAUUUCAUCUGUAAUCAUGUACCGUUCAUCAUUUAUAAUCAUGUACUUGCUUGGCCAAAUCCUGCAAUUCUGCAGUUCCCAUUCUGAUAAGACUGCUACACUGGUUUACUGAUUUGACAUUUUGCACAUAUUGGUAUUUCAGAUU